CAUACUCGCGGCCCAAUAGCGGCGGGGUGGGGAGGGAGGAGCAGGAGAAAAAAUGGCGGACGGGAAAGGAGACGAUGUGGAGCUGAAGCGACCGAGGCUUGACGGAGGACCUGAAGAAGAGGCAGAAAAACCUGUGAAAACUAAGACUGUUUCUUCCAGUAAUGGAGGGGAAAGCUCGAGUCGUAGUGUGGAAAAACGUGCAGCUGAUGAAGAUACCGAAGACUUCUCAACAAGACCUGCUCCUGCCAAAAUGUCCAAGUUUGGGUUUGCCAUUGGCUCACAGAUUUCAAAGAAACCAUCUGCAAUAUCCAUCAAACUUGGAGCAAAUAAACCUAAAGAGCCUGCUUCAACUUUAGCUCCAAAAACACUCUCUGUAGCAGCAAUAUUCAAUGAAGAUGAAGAUAGUGAACCUGAAGAGAUGCCUCCAGAAGCUAAAAUGCGUAUGAAGAACAUUGGAAGGGAUACUCCAACUUCAGCAGGACCAAAUUCUUUCAACAAAGGAAAGCACGGGUUUUCUGACAACCAGAAGCUAUGGGAACGUAAUAUGAAAUCUCACCUUGGAAACGUCCGUGAACAGGAUGACUAGUUGCCUAUUUUGAUCUGGGUGUUGGGAAAUGGGAGAGUAUGAUAUUAAAGGAAUAGUGCCCUUUUUUAGAAUGGUAUACAGCUAUUUUGAGUGCCACUUUUAAAAGUUUGUAGUGGUACAACAACAAAAAAAUGAGUUUAAAAGUAGAGGUAACUUAUGUUUUGUAUACAAAUUUCAAAGCAUUUGCUAAUUUUGUAGCUUCAUGCAUUUAAUUUCACAAGGUUAUGGAAAUAAAGGCAUUGGAAGUGGUAUCUUUUUAAAAGAAUUUUCUUUUUACAACUAUUCUUAUAUGAAAAUAGAAAAAGUCACUCUGUCUUUAAUCAGUUUUAAGUUAAAUGCUACUGUGUUAAAAAAAAAUCGGAUCUGUUCCGUGAUAAGUUAGUUGCUUAUCUCUUUAAGGCUACUUUUAUAGAGGUUCACUACAUGAAGUCUUGCCAGACUGUUUUAAUCAGCAUAAAAACUAAAAUAAACUACUCCAAAAUAAUUUUAGUACAUUUCAAUCUAAGACUUUUGACUGUGGUAGAUUAGCAUUAUAAUCCUGUUCUUGAGCAUUGUGUAAUCCCUCUGUAGCCUGUUUCAUUCUUAAGAAAUGGGUCUUGCAUGUAUAUACAUAUUAGUAACAAACAUUCAUAUCAAAUUUAAAUCAGUAUUUUUGACAUUUUCUUACUCUUGAAUCUUGACCAGUGCUUGUCAAUGUUUGUCAGUUUGAGAUAGAUUGAUUCAUAGGUUAUCAAAGAAAAAGGCAUUUUCAAAAGGAUGAUUAUGCUUUUAUCAUGUUUUAAAUGUCAGUAUUUUUUAUAAUUUCUUAUAGGAGUAGGAAGCACACACAUUUAAAUUAGCAGUUGCUUACUAACAUGCAGAAAUUUGCAAUUUGCUUCCAUAUAUUGAUGGUAUAAUGUGCUAGAACUUUGGUAUGAGAGAUAACCAAGAUGAGUUAGUUCCUCCUUGCUCUGAAGACAAGGAAUCAUGUGAGUUUGGUUUUUUUGCAUUAUAUUCAUGUUUAAGCAGAUGCAAUCCCCCCUUCCUUUUCAGCUCUUCUUUUCCAGCUUCUUCUUUCUUCAAGGAAAUAUCCUUUCCUUAAUUUAUUUUUUAGGACUUUCUAAUACCUUAAGUAAAAAAGAAAGUACCAUAUUUCUGGUUGGCAUAGCUUCCAAGGCUUACCUGCUGUGGCCCUUUGAAGCAUAUGUAUAUAGGUCAGCAUCUGGAACCUGAAGCUCCAGUUGGUUUGGAGGUCUUGGCUCUGUACAAAGCUUCAACAGUGUAGCUCUUCCAUUAAAACCAUGCCCAGGGAAAAUGGCACCACUUAUGCUUGGAUAUUUCCAACUUCCUGUUCAGUUGUAUCUUUGUUUAGUCUUAGGAAAUUAAAAGCAUCAGCUGGCUGCAAAGGUGCCACCAGAUGUCACAAGCUGGCUGCAAAGAUGCAGCUUUUAAACAGCUUUAGAAAAUUAAAAGUAUAAUUCUGGAAAGCCACCUGGAGAGCCAGUUCGGUCUAACGGUUAAGGUUCCAGGCGAGAAACCAGGGGACUGUGAGUUCUAGUCCCACCUUAGGCACGAAAGUCAGCUGGGUGAUUUUGGGCCAGUCACUCUCUCUCAGCCCAUGACGUCAGGCUCAGGUGACAACCCGGUUGGUCAAUUCCUGUUGCAACCGAUGGAUCAAAAAAGCUGACCCUGCAGCUUCAGUAAAACUAGGAAGAAAAAAAGUUCUGGAAAGCCAGCUAGUCAUGGCAAAAUAUAAUGGAUGCAGCAUGCAAAUGACAGAAAGAACUGAAUAAAGUAAGUUUCUUUCUACAAAGAAGCUUUGUCCAUACUGUUUGAUUAGGAAAAGCUUUCCUGUACCGUAGUCUUCAAUUUUGCUGCAUUUCUCUUAUCCCUUUAUUUUUUAAAAGUAGUUAAUUACCAAUAUUAUUAAUCAGCUGGUUGAUAAAAAGGAACUAGUCCAAAAACUGGUUAGAUAUUCUCUCCACUCACCUAUUUUCUACCUUAUUUAAAGAGAAGAGUGGUUGUAAGAACAAGCUUAAAUCAAUCAGCUUAAUUAUGGUAUUUUACUUGCCCCUCCCUAAAAGAUCUGCCAGGGACAUGACUCAGAUCCACAUUACAUAUUUUCAGGAAAAUCUCUGAGAAGAGACAGAAAAGGAUCAGAUUUUGGAAACUUUAAUCAGAUUUAUUAAUAUUUCUGUUAUUAGUUAAAAUAGCUGUAACCUCCUCUAUCAGGCAAGAGGAUGGAAAUGGUUGAAUAGGUGUACUGAUGUCAGCCUUGCAAGGUAGACCAAACAGGAAGCAUGGCCAGAUGAGCUAAUUCUACUUUAUCGUAAGGUUAUAUUAACAGAAUCUUGCAAGUCUGAAAGUACAUCCCCCCCCCCAUCCAGUUUACAGCCCAAGAAACUAGGGAGGGUCCCUUCUGAGCUGUUUGCCCUGCCCACAUUCCUGCUGCAGCCUAAGUUGCCUUUUAUCUGACUGUUCCCUUGGCUGUGUCUCUUCUCCCUGCCUCCCAAGGUCAUUCCCACAUCCAUUGCAUCUGAAGAGCAGUUGUUGAUUCCCAAUUUACUAACACUGAGCUCUCUUCCCUCACCCCAAAUGUUUACAUUUUAUUGAUGUCUAACAAGGGUCUGCUAAGUCCAGUAAUCCAAGAAGCAUUACUUUUCAGGAGGCCCACAGGAUCUUAUGUUUCCUAUUCACCUAAUACACUUAAUUAGUUGGAGGGGUUGGGGGAGAAUUAAUGUAAACAUUAGAAUGUUGCACAAACAGAAAAAUGCAGCCAAUUAACCCUAAGGGAAGUAGAUCUAACAGCACUCUUAAUUCCUCAAGUUGAUUUGUAGUUAAGCAACCUGCCCCAUCUCAUCUGAAGGGCUGAUUGGAAGGUUAACUGACACUUUUCACAAUUAGGAUGGUUCUAGAGAGGCGUGUCAAAAUAGGGUUUCACUGGAUACUCCAUCUCUUCUAUGGUAGUGCAGAUCCUGAUUGCAGCAGCAUGACUCUUUAUUUUAUUUUUGCUUCAGUGGAAAGAGAAUAUGGAAGUGCCAGCUUCCUUUAUGGCAACUGGGAGGAGUAAUAACAUGACUGGCAAAUGAUUGAAUGAAACAUCCCCCAUUGUGUGUUGUUGGUGCAUGGAAAUGAAUGAACAGAUGUUCAAAUGGAUUUUCUUGUUUCAACAAGAUUUUCUCAUAUUUCUGGACCUCCUGAUUCAGUAUUCUAUAUCCUACUUACCAGGUUAAUUGAGAGACUGGGACUUGGCUUGUUUGUUUAGAUCCUGUUAGGCCUCUGUUCCCAUGGAAGAGCUAUUAUGGGGAUAAUGCUUUUCAGGAUAUGCUGAUUGAACUUGGAGAUAAAUUCAGAGAGAGCUCAGCAGUGGUGACCAUGUCACUAAUGAAGGCUUAAAUUUGACUGUUGUGGAUAUAGUUCCUGCAGUUCUGGUUAGGCUACUGGUUUCCUUCCUUUUGUACCAGAAAUACCCAUCUGCAAACCUUUGCAGGCAAGGUACUUUCAUUUUUUAUGCCAUAGACUUCCUGAUGGGGGUAAAGCUUCAACACUUUCUCAUUAUCUCUGCAGCUGCCCACUGAUAAUUAAGAAAGCUACAUCAUUGAGUUUGUAAGAUUCCUUUGUACUACUUUUUUGUGGAAAAACAUGUCUGCAUCUUCCCAUUCCUUCUCACUAAUGAAACUAAAUUCAUUAGAGUCUGGUACUUACAUUUCAUUAUAAAUCUCUUCAUUUCAAGCUCAUUUCAUCCUCAAAAAAUUAUUAUCUCUAAAUGUAUAGCAUUACUGUCAAAGAAUCCAUACAUCUGUCCAUUUGGCUGCCUUGCAGAUCCAUCCAAUCACUUCCUCUGACAAAAAAAUAAUAAUCCACAUAUCCAUAAUAAUCCACAUAUCCUACUUUACAGAUUUAGAGAGGAAUGGUCUCCUGUUAAACCUGUAUCGAUCAACCUUCAGUUAUUCAAUACAUAGAAACCAUCAUGGAUAAAAUCUUAGGACCUAUAUUUCUAACCAGAGAAAGAGUAUAUUCUAGCAAACCACAAAGGACAGCAGAUCUGAUGAAACUACUGUGUGCUGUUAUCCCAAACCUGAGGAUUUCACAUUUGGAGAUUUAAUCUUGAUUAUUUUUCUAUUCCUAGCCUCUUCAGUGGUUUCCACUGCUGUCUAGUAUGGCACAGUCAGUUACAGAAUUGGUGGUCAGAUUCAUCCAAAUUGAACCAAGGUUAUUCCCUUGAAGGAUUCCCUCAGUAUUGAAUGCUGCCAACAGCUGACCUUAGAAAUCACACUACUGAGACCAAGUAGUUCAGGGAAGUACUUGGAAGCCCAAUAUUUAUGCACAGCACUACCGAGACCAAGUCAUUCAGGGAAGUUCCACAGGAAGCCCAAUAUUUAUGCACAGCAUACCAUCUAAGUUUCUUUACUAUUCUCAAAUCUUCAGCAAUAUUGAAUCCUCAGAACAGGCAAUGCCACAGUCAUGGCUUACAUAAACAGCCAAGAGAACAAGAUCCUGCUGUUUUUUUUACUGAAAUGGAGACUCUCAACAUGAGUUGUAACUUUAUUAUAGCAUCAGUCCUAAUGUUUAAUUAAUAGACUCCUCAACUGUUGGAGCUAGAGGUUUCCCCAUAAUACAUUUCUUGUGUAAAUAAAGGAUUACGAUUCUUUUACAAGCUCCAGCAGAAAUGACAUGUCUAGUCCAGUGUAGUUCAGCAUAGUACUGUAACCCGUGUUGAUAAGCAUGAAGUCUUACACUUGCUUCAAAUGUAUCCAUAGAUAAGGGGUUGGCAAUAAAUAAGUCAUUUUGAUAUUUGCUACUUGAAGCUCUAGGCUCUUGUGUUCAAGGCUUCAAAUGCCAAAUAUGUCCAUUUCAACUGAAAAGUAUCAUUGUUGUAAGCCUCAAACACUUGAUGUUUUCCACAAUAUUCCAAAAAUAAGGUGACUUCUUCUUUCAUAUCAUACAGACUGUCUAAGCAUAAUUCUCUUUGAUAACAUGUGGUACAGACCACCUGUGUGAUCAGCUCUCAAAUCUUCACAAACAAAGCAAAUAAAUUAAUAGAGGAUGCUGUGUUUUACACACCUGAAGGGCAGAAUUUGGGAGCCAAUGUUUGGUGGUGGAUGAUGCAAUGUGUUUUUAUUUUGGAAAUAUUUUCUAUUAUUGUCAUUUUAUAUUGUGAACCCCUGCACUAUCGGUGCACUGUCAGUACAAACAUCCAGUUUCUUCAUACUCAUGUUAUUUGGUUUGAAGAAUUUUGACACAGUUCCAAAUCAGACCUUUGGAAGCUAUAGCAAAUGUCUUCAAGAUUUGGAAAAAAAAAUAUUUUCGUGUUCUCUUUAGCUACCUAUUGUGCCUAGACAAGGAGUUGAGCACAGUUUCCUUCACUACUCAGUUCAUCACAACUAAUAAAGUACAACAAGGUGAUAUUUUCUUAAAAAUGGAUUUUGUUAUGCUCAGCUAAAUUAUCAGAGUGGUGCUUGAUUGCAGAAUUAGAAAACGGUUUUUUUUCCUGAUUUCUUCUCUAUUUUCUCCUGAAACAAUUGGCAGCCUUGAUAAAGCAAGACUUCACAAGUUUCUCCAAUGAAACAAGACUUCCUUCUAUUUUUAGCUGGAAGAGCUAUUAUAGUAAGAUUUCAUAAUCUUUGCAGGUGCCAGAAGUAAUGUUCCAGUACAUAUAAUUCCAUUUUUUUUUCAGUCUACACAUAAACUAUAUUUUAUGAUGUAUUUUUGUACUAAAAUGCAUUUUUUAUUUUGAAAUUAAAAACUGAAAAAAGCAAAACAAAAGAAUAUAUAUUGCAACACCAGGUCAUUAAAAAAAAUCCUCAUAGAUGCGGGCUAGGCAAUAACUAAUUCUUAUUCUCUGUCAGAAGGCACUGUUGGUAAGUCCUGGAGAGAGUUGUUGGGCUAGGAGCAGGAGCAAGCUGCCUGGAAAAGGCAAGUAAGAAAGCUUUUAUCUGUUAGUGAAGAUGUUCUUCUGUGCUGGCUUUGUUCAAAUGAGCAAAUUCAAGCUGAGACCAUCAGAAUACUUAGCUUUGUCUUUUCAUGGUUUAAACAGAGCUGGAAGUAGUAUCUACUUCUGGUAGACCUAUUCUGAUGGGCAAUAUUACAUCUAAUUGGAAGAAGCAGUUGCUUUUCAAAAAUAUUUCCUAGAGAGCUGCGGGGGGAACAACAUUCAAGCCUUUUUUUUCCCCUCAUCCAGACUAUUGCUUCAGCUUUUUUUCCUUUUUUCUUUUUGUAUCCCUCUUCAAUCAUUUGAGAAAGGAGGAGGUGUUCUAACUACAUGUCUCUCUCUGGCUUGGGUCCAGAUAAUAUCUUCUAUAUGUUUCUGGAGUUCCUUCUGAAUCUCUGUAGCCUACUGAUAAAAAGGAGAUUAAUCUAUAAUUUUUCAAGGCUGCUAGGCUAAAUAACUUCUGUGAAGAAGGGAGGUCUAAUUGCUGCAACUUUAAAGGUGGGGCUGAUCGUUCCUGAAAGAAUAAAUUAAUCAUUUGUGUUAAUUACAAAGCCAAUCCCACCAAGCCAAUUUGAUCUCUCAGGAAAGAUAAUAGAUGGAAUAAACAGUAGCAUCUUCACUUCUCCAUGUACUCUUCGUAUCUUCAACCAAAAAAAUGCAGGGAAUCUAAAACAAUUGAAUAAGUAGUUGCCAAGGUUACAUUUACCUUUCCCCAAUUUUUGUGCAAUUGUGAAUAUUGGCAUUUAAAUUGAAGUCUUGGAAAUUAUUAUUCAAAAUAAUACACCUUGUAACAAAUAUUGGGUUUAUUUGUAUGAGAAUUACUAAUACAAAGCCCAGUCUUCCAUCCAAAAACAGCUACUAAUAGCAGGGAAAGAGGACCCUUUUAAAACUAAGUGAUGAGAUGGUAAAUUCUUUCUUUGUCCCCAGGGUGCAGUUUGUGAAGUUCUGAACAGGUCUUCACCAGACUUACAAAUGGAAGUAGAUUAAUCACAUACAGGAAGCCACUGAUUGUCCUCAAGUCAGUGUUGACUCUUAGUGAUCACAUAUAUAGAUUUUUUCUAUGACAAUCUGUCCCAAACCAGGUCCUUGAGGUUUUCCAUCUGUGUACCUAUUGCUGCUGUAACUGAGUCCAUCCACCUUGGUUCUGGCCAUCCUCCUCUCCUUCCAGCUUUCCUAGCAUUACAGUACAGUAUUUCAGUAUAGCCCUUCCAUCUUUCUUUGAUCUUCUUUGAAUCAGUCACUAUCUGCCCAUUGGUGUCCUUUAGCAUACCAAUUCGAGGUAGAACCUCCUGAGUUCAGAAAGAAUUUUGAGUCUGUUUCCAUCUUCAAUGUCUUCAGAGAUGUAAUACUGCUUCUUGUCUCUUCUAAUAGUUCUCUGAAAUUCUUCGUUGAGUUCCUUUCUGAGAUUUUUGCCUUUCAUGGCUUUGGCUUCUCUUGGCAAUUUCCACAGUUUGCUCUAACAUCCAAUUUGCUUUCAUCUGUUUCUUCAUCUUUGGCAGUCUCUUUUCACAUUCAUCCUUAACAAAUUCUUUACGUUCAUUCCACAGUUCAUCUGGUCCUCUAUCAGUGAGGUUCAGGACUUCAAAGUGAUUCCUGAUGUUCUGGAAAAUGACAGAUAUGCUGAAGAUCAUAUUGUGGAAACUGGUUGGCUUUCUUCUUCUCCUUUAGCAUAACUUGGGAGUUACACAUGAGCAGUUCAAGAUCAAUUCCACAGUCAGCACCUGGCCAUGUCUUUGAUGCUGUAAGUGAGUUCCUCCACCUCCUUUUAUCUAAUAUAGUCAAUUGGAUUUCAGUGUACUCCUUCUGGUGAUGUCCAUGACUCUAGGUGUUGGGUUUUAAAGAUGUGUUAGCUGUGAAUAAUCAUUGAAGUGGCCAAAAUUGAUAAGUCAUUCUCCUGCUUUAUUUUGGUUUCUGAAACCAAAAUAACCGUAAGAUCCAACAACAGUUUCCUCCUCAAUUUUCCAACAUUGGCAUUCCAGUCCCCAAUCACAAGCAGCACAUCUUGCUUGUGUGUUCUGUCAAUUUGAAAUUGAACUUGAUCAUAAAACUCAUUAACCUCCUCUUCUUCUGCAUCACUAGUUGGAACAUAAACUUGAAGGUUGUCCACAAAGUUUAAUUGAUAUUAUUUGGUCAUUGAUGGCAUUGUAGCCAAAGACUUUUCUUGCGAUAUCCUUCCUGACUAUAAAAGCAACAGCAACACUGUUCCUUCUUUGUUUUUCAUGUUCUGAGUAAUAAACAGAGUGAUCUUCUGACUGAAAGUCCAAUCCCAGUCCAUCUCAAUUCACUGAUGCUUAAAAUGUCAAUGUAUAGUUGUUUCACUUCAUCUUUCACUGUGUAGAGCUUUCCCAUAUUCAUGCUUCUUAAAUUUCAUAUUCCCACUGUAAUUCUGUCUUUGCAGCUUCAUAUUUUCUUUUGCUACGUGGCAACAUCAGCAACUAGAUGUUCCAGAGAAUUUAAUCCAACCAUAUUGUAAACACCAUUAGUACCCUGAAAGAUCCUUGGCUCUUCCUCAGUAGCAUGUUGAGUGCUAUCUGACCUGAGGUGCCCAUCAUCUGGCACUAUCGUCAAUCAUUUUAUAUUUUCUAUCCAUGUGGGGGGUGUGUGU